GAAAGUGCGUUUUUGAGAGUGGUCAACGUAAUGAUUGCAGUGAGAGACAUUUCUCGCAUCUAUCAUCCAGAUGGCGUGAAAAUCGGCGAACAAGUGUUUCCCGAUAAUUCCAGAUCUGUUAAGAUAAUAGAAGUGAAAUAUCUGCAGCCUUAUACUCUUGUUCCUCUCAAAUAUGAGGGUAAACUAACACUAGAAGCAAUCUACAGUGACAAGGCAACCAGUCUAUUUCAAGCAACCUCCCAGUACAAUGACUACAACAUUGACUCAACAUCAUCUGAUGACAACAGACAAGUUAGUGCUGCCGAUGUGAAACUGUGGCCUUUGGAGGUGUUGAGAGUGCAUGCUCUUCGACAAAAACCAAAAGAAGGAAUAAUGCUGCCUGCUGUAGCCUAUCCACAACACAGCACAAGUGACAAUUUCCAUACCGGAGGAUACAGAGUCGAAGUGGGCUCUAAGCACCAAGCCGUUCUAACUGUUCUUGAUGACGAUCCAAUAAAGUGCAUGCUCGAUCAAUGGAACCCUACCAACGAACAGAAAUUCUUGACGAAAAUCAAAUUACAUUUCAAAGACGAUUUCUACGAAUUGGACUCUGACACCAUACUCCAAUAUUUCAACAUAAAGAGUAUCGCAGUCUGGAUUUGCGUUAACAAGCGAGAAACCAUACUUCGAGUAGAAACCAGAUUGGAAGGCGUUAAGGAGUUCUACCUGAUAGUAAAGCAUGAUGGAAUCAAAUACAAUAAAAUGCAACUGGAGAUUGGCGGAGGGACCACAUUAAAUAUCACUGAGACCAAAUACAUGGACGCGACUGAUUUCCGAAUUUUGAAAUUUGAUAAACCAUUGCCUAUGAUAGAGCCUCAAUAUAUAUCCACUUCAACAAGAAUGGUUAAUGUGGACAUGCCACCCGAAUCUACAGCUGCAUCUACACCUGUAUCUAUACCUGCAUCCACCCCUGCAUCAUCACCUCCAUCUACACCUGUAUCUAGACCUGCAUCUACACCUGCAUCUACACCUGAAUUUGCAUCUGCAUCUUCAACUGAACCUGCAAAGAAUGUUGCAGCAGUCCAUUCAACAGAGCUUGCCCCACCACCACGAACCUGCCCGCUCAUGAAUUUGUUCAAGUCCAUUGGCAUGGGUGCUGUUCGUAGUUUCAUUAGGAGGUAGAUUAGGAGAAGAGUAAAUUAGGAGAAUUAGAAGAAAACACAGAGAAAAAGGGGGAAGUCAUGAGAGGAAAAAUUUGUUUUUGAAUUGUGUUCGGGAUAUCUUUUUGCACAAUAAUUACUAUCAUUAUUAUCAUUACUAUUUUUAUUAUCAUAAUUAAUAUCAUUAUUAUUAUUAUUAUUAUUAUUAUUAUUAUUCUUAUUAUUAUUAUUAUUAUCAUUAUUAUCAUUAAUAUUAUUAUUAUUAUUAUUUUUAUCAUAAUUGAUUUCAUUAUUAUAAUUAUUGUUCUAUUGUUCUGCACAAUUGUUAUUGUCAUUAUUAUUUAUUAUUUUAUCACUGUAAUUCUAUUCAUAAUUUUCUGGGGUGUUGGACUAAUAAAGUAGAGUGAUAUUGUAUUGAAUUUA